ACUGAGCCGUUCAGCUGCCAACACUCACACAUCGCCUGCUGCCGCAGCCGCGCUGUUCGCGGACCCCGGGCGAGAGGGAAGGCGAGGGAAAGCCAGGCGCGGGAGAGGAGGCAGAAGACCGCUAGCAGGGGAAGGAAGACAGGAGGGGAGCGCAGGGAGAGGGAGAAGGAGCCCUCCUCCCCGCGGAGAGACGACUUCCCAUAUAGCUGGGGACAGAGGGAGAAGCUGGCGCUCAGAAACUGUGAGAGAAGCUUUCCAAGCAAGUUACUUAAUCCCCGCAGAGCGGCGGGAGGAGGGGACAGCAGCAAUCACCGAUUAUAACCAUUAUUCCCAACCCUUCAUCAUUUAACCCCCGGGCGGUUCAAUGCACUACUCCAAGCUCUUCCUAGUUUCCUCCUUGGGGUAACUUCGGAGGACGCGCCGCCGGUGCCGCCCGGAGGUGAGCAGAAGAGCCUCGGAAGAAGGAAGAAGUUUUGUGGGGGUUGCGUGCGGAGGAGGAGAAGAUGGGCUGGAAAAGCCGCUGCUGCUGGGGAGGCGGAGGCGGCGGGGACCUUCUCUGCCGGCUCACCCUGGUGCUGGGGUUUCUGCUGCCCGCCUGCAGGACGCGUCUGUACACCAACCACUGGGCUGUUCGGAUAACUGGGGGGCUCCCGGAGGCCAACAGGAUAGCUAGCAAAUACGGUUACGUCAAUAUAGGACAGAUUGGAACACUGAAAGAUUACUACCACUUCUACCAUAGUAAAACAAUUAAAAGGUCAGUUCUCUCAAGUAGAGGUACCCACAGCUUCAUUUCGAUGGAACCAAAGGUGGAGUGGAUACAACAGCAAGUGGUUAAAAGAAGGAUAAAGAGGGAUUAUAAACCUGGUGGUACCCAAUCCACUUAUUUCAAUGAUCCCAAGUGGCCAAGCAUGUGGUACAUGCACUGCAGCGAUAACACCCACCAUUGCCAGUCAGAUAUGAACAUAGUAGGUGCUUGGAAGAGAGGUUACACUGGAAAGAACGUUGUGGUCACCAUCCUGGAUGACGGCAUUGAAAGAAACCACCCAGAUUUGAUGCAGAAUUACGAUUCGCAGGCCAGUUUUGAUGUCAAUGGAAAUGAUUUUGACCCUAUGCCUCGAUAUGAUGCCAGCAAUGAGAACAAGCAUGGAACCCGUUGCGCUGGAGAGGUGGCAGCCACAGCAAACAACUCACACUGCACAGUAGGAAUCGCCUUUAAUGCCAAGAUUGGAGGUGUACGGAUGCUGGAUGGAGAUGUGACAGACAUGGUAGAAGCAAAGUCUCUAAGCCUUAAUCCCCAGCAUAUCCACAUCUACAGUGCCAGCUGGGGGCCUGAUGACGACGGUAAGACUGUGGAUGGACCUGCAUCUCUAGCACGUCAGGCCUUUGAGAAUGGCAUCAGAAUGGGACGAAGAGGCUUAGGUUCAGUCUUCGUUUGGGCAUCUGGCAAUGGUGGAAGGAGUCGUGACCACUGCUCCUGUGAUGGCUACACCAACAGCAUCUAUACUAUCUCCAUAAGCAGUACAGCUGAAAGUGGGAAGAAGCCAUGGUAUCUGGAAGAAUGUGCAUCCACACUAGCGACAACAUACAGCAGUGGAGAAUCCUAUGACAGGAAAAUUAUCACCACAGACCUGAGGCAGCGUUGCACAGACAGCCAUACUGGAACCUCAGCCUCUGCACCUAUGGCUGCAGGCAUCAUUGCACUGGCACUGGAAGCAAAUCCAUUUCUGACCUGGAGAGACAUACAGCAUAUUAUUGUCAGAACUUCACGUGCAGGACAUCUGAAUGCUAACGACUGGAAAACGAAUGCGGCUGGUUAUAAGGUGAGCCACCUCUAUGGAUUUGGACUGAUGGAUGCGGAAGCAAUGGUGAUAGAAGCAGAAAAGUGGACAACGGUCCCUCCACAGCAUGUGUGUGUGGAGAACACAGAUCGGCAAAUCAAAACAAUACGACCUGACAGCAUUGUCCGUUCAAUUUACAAAGCCACUGGCUGUUCAGAUAACCCUAACCACCAUGUGAUCUACUUGGAGCAUGUCGUUGUGCGCAUCACUAUUACUCACCCUCGACGUGGAGACUUGGCAAUUUACCUAACCUCUCCUUCUGGAACUAGGUCACAGCUCUUGGCCAACAGGCUAUUUGAUCAUUCCAUGGAAGGAUUCAAAAACUGGGAGUUUAUGACUACUCACUGCUGGAGUGAAAAAGCAGCAGGUGACUGGAUUUUGGAAAUCUGUGACACUCCAUCUCAGUUGAGAAAUUUCAAGACUCCAGGCAAAUUGAAAGAGUGGUCCUUGGUACUGUAUGGAACAUCAAUCCAGCCUUACUCACCAAGAAAUGAUUUUCCAAAAGUGGAAAGAGUGCGCUCUAGUCCAGUUGAAGACCCUACAGAAGAUUAUGGAACAGAUGACUAUUCAGGUCCCUGCAAUGCAGAAUGCAGUAAAGUAGGGUGUGAUGGGCCAGGACCAGAUCAUUGUACUGACUGUCUGCACUACUACUACAAAUCUAAGAACAACACGCGGAUCUGUGUUUCGACCUGCCCACCUGGUCACUACAACGCAGACAAGAAACGCUGUAAAAAAUGCUCACCCAACUGUGAAACCUGUGUUGGAGGCCAUAGUGACCAAUGCAUGACCUGUAAAUCUGGCUACUACCUGAAUGAAGUAACCAAUAGCUGUAUUACCAACUGCCCUGAUGGGUUUUACCUGGAUAAGAAUAAGAUUGUUUGCCGAAAAUGUAGUGAAGACUGUAAGACAUGUGUUGAAUACCAAAUCUGCACAGAAUGCAAACAUGGCCUAAGUUUGCAUGGCACUAAAUGUGCUAUCCGCUGUGAAGAAGGAAAAUACCAUAAUGGUAAAGAAUGUGAACCAUGUCACCGUUCCUGUGCAACAUGUGCAGGUGCUGGAGUAGAUGCCUGUAUAAACUGCACACAAGGUUAUUUUAUGGAAGAUGGAAGAUGUGUGCAGUCCUGUAGUAGUGGUUAUUAUCUUGAUCACUCUACUGAAAGUGGAUACAAAAGCUGUAAGAGAUGUGAUGCCAGCUGUUUGGAUUGCAGUGGUCAAGGAGACAGAAACUGUACAAGCUGUCCAAGCGGCUAUAACCUGGACACUGGUGUCUGCGUGGUGGGAACAGUCUGCAAGGAUGGAGAAUAUCUUGAUGAUUCCCAAAGAUGUCAGUUGUGUGAAGUAUCCUGUCAGAAGUGCAUCGGACCUGAGCCAGACAACUGCAUCAGCUGCCCGCUCACAAGAGUCUUUGAUGAUGGCCGCUGCAUUAUGCAGUGCCCCAGAGGAAAGUUUGAAUUCAAAGGACAAUGUCAUUUGUGCCAUCAUACCUGCCUGGACUGCAGCGGAAGUGAACCUAACAAAUGUACCACUUGUGGGACAGAUAGAAGAGGGAUCGAACGUUUCCUGUAUCACGGGGAGUGCAGAGAGAGCUGUCCUUCAGGUCACUACCAUUCAGAUCAUAUCUGCAUGGCUUGCUUUAGCCACUGUGAGGUAUGCCUGAACUCCAGUUACUGCAAAAGAUGUUUCAGAGGCUACUACCUUACUCAAAAUAUAUGUCAGAAGCAUAGCUGUAAAGGAGGUGAGGUGGAAGAUCCUGACUCUGAAGAUUGCAUACCUUGUUCAGAUGGAUGCCAGAAAUGCAAAUUAGAUGACCCAAGAAUCUGUAUAAAAUGCAUUCAGAACUAUUAUAUGUAUAAGCAGCAUUGCUAUAAAUACUGCCCAGAAAAUACCUACAGAGAUGAAAGUUCUCUGCAGUGUAGAGAAUGUCCUAGCGAAUGUGAUAGCUGUGACAAGGGCACAUGUGACUCGUGUAAGGAAGGCUUUUAUCUCUUAGGUGGCACAUGUGUGAGUGUGUGUGGGAAUGGCUUCUUCGCUGAUGACAUCUCCAGAGAAUGUGAACCUUGCCACCGGAGCUGUGCAAUGUGUGUUGGAUACAGCUAUGAGAACUGUACUGGGUGCAGAAACAGUUUCCAGCUUUCUCAUGGGCAAUGUCUGAGUCCAAGAAAUUCUCCACCCCGUGGGAAGUUCUGGAGUGAUGCAAAAAAAAUAUUGCAGUCCUGUGGCCCUUCAUGCAGGACUUGUGAGAAAUCUGCUGACAUAUGUACUUCAUGUCCAGAAGGAAAAUUUCUUACCCAUGAUACCUGUGUUUCUCUGUGCCCUCAAAAAACUUUCGGCAAUGUUCUAAGUGGAAAGUGCGAAAUGUGCAUGGAUGGCUGUGAAGUGUGCUCCAACUACUGGCACUGUCAGAAGUGUCAGGCUGAAGAGGAACAAACACUUUUCCUCCAUGAAGGCAGAUGUUUACAGGAAUGCCCUGAGGGAUAUUUUAAUGAUUCUGAGACUUGCAAGGAAUGCAGUGGAUCCUGUAAGACAUGCAUGGGAACUGCAACUAAAUGCCUGUCCUGUAGAAGUCCCUUGCUUCUGGAGCAGUGGGAAUGUAAACCUACCUGUUCAGAGAAGCAUUUUGUCUCUGAAGGAACCUGCAAACACUGUCCUGAAAUGUGUCUGGAGUGCAUUCACAACGAAAUAUGCAAAGAGUGCAUGGAUGACUUUUUCCUGCAUGAGGGGAAGUGUGUACAGGAUUGCCCUUCUCAUUUCUAUGCUGAAGACAAGCACUGCUUUCCCUGCCAUGCAGACUGCAAGGACUGUGAUGGGCCCGACCCAGAUGACUGCACUGAGUGUGCCAUCAGCUACUUUGUUCUCUACAGCGGGACAUGUUUUGAAGAGUGUCCUGAAGGGACAUACUAUGAAGAAGCCAGUAAAGACUGUCAAGCAUGCAACUGGACAUGCCAGACUUGCUCUUCUUCCGUUGCUUGCCUUACCUGCAGAAAUGGCCUAAUGCUGAACCAUGAUGGGCACUGUGUGCCAUUUGGAUACUGCUCUAGCACUGAGUACUAUGUUGAGAAAACUCAGACCUGCAAGCCCUGUCACAAGAAAUGCUUCCACUGCUCUGGACCCACUAAACACCAGUGUCUUAGCUGUGCCAAUAACCACUAUCUUCUUAAUACAACCUGUGUUGAAACAUGCCCAGACGGGUAUUAUGUUGACAGUGAUGAGGGACAGUGUUCCCCAUGCCACAGCACCUGUGUCACUUGCACUGGAAAACACAGCUCACAGUGCCUUUCCUGCAAACCAGGCUGGUACAGACAAGGAAAAGGAUGUGUAAACCAGUGUCCAGCAGGGUAUUUUGCACAAAACUCCACUGGAUCAUGUCAGAGAUGCCACAAAGGUUGUAAGGAGUGCAUGGGGCCUCAACCCACAGACUGCCUUUUCUGUGACACAUAUUUCUACCUGUUGCGCUCCAAGAAUGAAUGCAUUAGCUCUUGUCCUGAGUACUACUAUGAAAACAAGGACAACAAUAUCUGUGAAAGAUGUCACCCUUCCUGCCAAACUUGUGAAGGGAAGGGAGCAUUCAGCUGCACAUCUUGUGUAUGGAGUCACAGUUUAUCAGGUGGAAUGUGUAACUCAGACUGUAUUGUAGGUGAAUACAAAGUCCAGGAGGCACCAGAACAAGAGGUACCUUUUUGUAGACAUUUUCUCCUGCUGCUUGUAUGCUGAACUUUAACUUCUGAACACAACACAAACACCACAGAAUUCUCUUAUCUGAGUUUUCAAGGCUGGUUAUCUUUAAAUGCAUUUAUUUCAUUGUUUUUUUGGCAGAGGAAGCGCUGUUUUUUUCUUUCUGGGGUUGCCUACUAUAGAGUAAUCCUCUAUCAUUAAAUACGAAGGCACAACAUUGUCAGUGAUAACAUCAAAGCCAUGUGAACAAAAUCAACUAUAUUAGUAAUACAGCAUUUAUUUUUUUUUCUUCCAGUAUAACUGAGAUUUCCCUGUGGAUUUCUCCUGCUUUGUCUGUAAGACAUCACAUUGCAUUCCAGAUUGACAGUUCUGCUGGCAGAAACCUCUAGUUGAGGGAGAGACUAAAGUUAACAGAGCUGGAUAUGUAGUAGAGUAGAACCACAAUUAGGUUUGGGUCUGUGCCACAAGUCUGGGCAUUCUAGCUUCCAGAUUUCCACACCAACUACCUUCCAAAGAUGUUUAUUCAAGAAUAUAGCAGCAGCAAGGCAAGCCAGCUGGCUUGAGAUGCUGCAUACCCAGGAGUCUCUGGCCUGGAAUAUCCCCUUAGCAGUACUGCUUCAUAACUGAGACCUUGGGAAAACAGCCUACAAGAUGGGGACCACAGAGGUGCACACUUCUUUGCAAGAGCUUUGACUCUGAGAAACCGGACCUCCUCAUGGACCCACUAUGACCCUCCCAUCUUGCCCAGAUCGUUUGUUUAAGGACAAGCAGCCUCACAGGUCUCACAGCAAGUUUGAUGAAAGGUUACUGGAGUUUCGAGAUCCUCACAGUGGAUAUGGAGUCCUGGUCCCAUGUCAGAAAAAGAGCAAUUUUUUCCCCAAUAGACCAGGAACUGCAAACACUGAAAUACCAGAGCUCAGAGUAUUCUGCAAGGUAGAGAUGACAAUGCUGAUCUCUGGUGGUCUCUGUACACAUAAGCUUUUAGGAGCCUAUCUGGAAUUUGAGUAUU